AUGGAAUUACUUGUAUUAGAUAAGAUGCAUGUUCCAAUUAUAAAAAUAAAAUGUGUUGUUAAGUAGGAAAUUUAGAUGGUCAAUGUACAUUCACACCUAUACCAACAAUUUCAGAUUGAAGAUGCCAAUCAUAAUUAAGAUGCAUGCAAAAGUAAACCGAAAAUAUGUAAAUGGACUACUAAAACUAAUGCAACUACAAUAAUAAUUACGCUUCAGGCACUAUUUCUAAUCCACUACCUAAUUUUGAUGGUACUAAAAGUACUAUUUGCGUUGUAGUCAAUAAUCUUUGUGUACUUGGCAAUCUAGUCACACUUUCAUAAGAUACUUGCUAUAGAUCUUGAGCUAAUAAACAUUCAUUUGGAACGAAGAUUCUGUAAAAUUUACCCUACACUUUUUGAAUCCUGA